CCUCCGCCGCGUCAACAUCUCGCAGUGUCUAGCCUAGUGGGGAUUACCUUAUAUUGCAUGUGUAACUAGUGAUAAGUGUGUAUGAAGCGUCGAUACCUCUCGCCAUGUCUGUAGCCGUCGUCCUGACUUUGGUCGCCGCUGGCCUGCACUUAGGUAACGGGUACCGUGGCAGGCCCGGCUCAGAGUCACCGUACUACGGUCGUAUUAUCGGCCAGCUGCAAGAGUACGCCCAUGGUAUCAAGGGUACGGUGUACGCCGUUGACGAAAACACUAUGUUCGUCAAGGGGUUUUCUUACGACGGCACAGGACCGGAUGCGUUUUUCUGGGUCGGCAACACAGCCCGGCCUUCUCCUGACGGAUACAUAGUCCCCUACCCUGAGGACUAUGUAGGAAGGGAUCCGCCUAUCCUGAACGCUUACAACAAAACUGACGUCAUUCUGCGACUGCCCAACGGCAAACGCAUCCGGGACCUCAAGUGGCUCUCCGUGUGGUGUCGACGCUUCACGGUGAACUUUGGGGACGUUUUCAUCCCUGCUAAUCUGGAAGUGCCCAAGGCGCGAGUGUUGCCGGAAUUCCGACGACUGGCGCACGGUCUUCGGUCUGGCAACAUCACAGUGUUGGAUGCCAAGACAUUCUACAUCCCCAACCUACACUACGAUGGCGCCGGCCCUGAUGCUUACUUCUGGGUCGGCAACGGCACGGAACCAUCCCCACUAGGCAUCAAGGUUGCCAACGAGAUGGGCAGCCUGGAACCCCUAAGAGGCUACCAAGGAGAAGACAUAGAGAUCCAGUUGCCCGGUAACUUGACGGUGUACGACAUCGACUGGCUGGCCGUGUGGUGUGUUCAGUACAGACAUAACUUCGGCCACGUCAACAUCCCCAAGGACCUAGACGUGCCCCCUGCCCUGGGACAGACCAAGAUCACUCCGCCAUGGUGGUACAAUCCGACAAGCAGCACAGCGUCCAGUCCUACCACACAGUCAUUGCCUCUACUGUCCAACUGCCGUGAGAUGCUUGAUGAGAGACUGCAGGUACAGUGGGAGAAGCAAGGUGACCAUGUAGAGAUACAACUGGCAGGACGUAUACGGGAGGACCAAUACCUGGCUUUCGGCAUUAGUGGGGAGAAUGGCAGGCCAGCAAUGGUUGGAGCAGAUGUAGCUGUUGUGUACUACAACAUAGAUCAGAAGACCUUCCACGCCGUCGACUACUACAUCACUGCCUCGUCUCAAUGUGAUGGCAAGAACGGGGUUUGUCCAGACGAGAGGUUAGGAGGCCGCAAUGACAUCACACUCAUCUCAGGGGAGCGCAAGAACGGAGUCACAAGUGUCAAGUUCCGAAGACCACUGCAGACAAACGAGCCGAUCAAUGACAGACCGAUCCCCAGCGAGGGAGAGGUAUCAAUCAUUGCUGCCAUUGGUCCUCUCAACUCUCGCAAGGAGGCUAACGCUCAUGACUUUAGGGACAGAACUUUAGAUGAUAUACGUAUUGACUUCAGCUCAAGAAACGAUCACGCUUGCACCAACUCUUUAUUCAACCUCCCUGACGAGGAUGGUGUGAUGCAAUGGAAGCCGGAGGUCAUCAUCGGUGAGACAACGUUCUCUGUGCGGAUAGGCCCGACUGGAGGAAAGCGUGGCUAUACACCCAUCACUGGUCAUCCGUCUUGGGGAAUUGCAUGGUGGGUCAACGAUAAGCUGAUCCCUGAGCUCUAUGUUGAAAGAGGCCAAACGUACACUUUUAUUGUGGAAGGAGGCAAUGAUGCCACAAAUCCUGCUCGCUAUCACCCGUUCUACAUCACCGACAGCAGUGAAGGAGGCUUUGGACAGAAAACUGAAGAGGAGCAGCGGCGUCAAAGGAUAUUUGCCGGAGUCAGAUAUGAUUCUGAGGGUUAUCCUUACCCUACAGCUGCUGGCCGUUACUGUGAAUGGGCACACAAGACUGUUGACAAGUCAUUGGAAACUCCAACAUUUGCAGAGUUUUUCCAAACCCUGCGACUGAUGUGUGAUGAUGGAGACCCUGCCUACCUCAACUGGACAGUGGCUGAGGAGACUCCAAACUUGCUAUACUAUCAGUGUUACACUCAUCAGAACCUUGGCUGGAAGAUCCAUGUUGUAGACGCAGGCUACAUUGCCUCUCGUAAUGGCACAGCCGUCGCUACCUCCCCCCUCUCUCCCCUCACCGUGCUCCUGCCCUCUCUCGCCCUGUUCUCUACCUCCAGGACAUUGUUCUACAGAUGAAUCUCAAAUAUCAUUAUACUGCCCGUAAUCCAUCAACAACAGUAUUAAUACUUGAAUUUAUUCCAAAUCCAAGUAUACCACACAAUGGCCUUCCCCAGUUUACAAAAGUUGUUGGGUUGGUCCAAUAAUUGACAUUAUUGAGAGAAAAAAUUGCAAUAUAAAAUUGGUUUGGUUUUUAUAAGAAUUUAGUGGUCUUACGGUUUGUAAAAUUAUUGUAAUGUGGCAUUCCAUCUGUUUCUACCAGUUGUAGCCAGUUUUCUUACUCAAAGAGAAAAAAGCUUAAUAGACAGAGAGUGUAAAGCCAUAACACUUAUAUUUCCUCUUUCAGUUUUCUACCUAUAAUUAUUAAUUAUUGUUGAUAAAGAAAUAAAAGAUACUUUAAUUUACAAUAAGGUGACUUUUCAGUUAGGUAUGACUAAUAAUCUGGUUUGUAAAAAAAACCCUAAAACAAUUUUUUACAAUAACUUCUUGGUGGCUCAGUUACAGUUCUUUUUUAUUCUAGAACUGGCUACGACUUGCUUAUCUUUGGGACAAAAUGCCAAAGUCAUUGUAGUGUAUCUUACCCAACAUUUGUUGUGGAUUUAGUAAAAUUCAGAUACAUUCAAGCAUGUAUGAAAUUCUGAUUUGAGUAGAUGGGGUUUAAUAAACCACAGUUCAAAACAAUAAUUUACUUAUUUUCGAUGGUUCAACGCAAGUGCAAAACAAACUAAAUUCAACAAUAGUUUCAAUUUCUAAUAACCUUUUUUAUGAGGUUGUUUCUUGACAAUUUUCAAAUACGAUUCAGGCAUUGUAAGCACAUAAAAAAAAACUUGUUUUGAUGGAUAACGGAGCAGUUAGGAGACCUAAAUGAGGUGAGCAACAAUGAGAGAAUAUCGGUGCAAAACAUAUCAGAGUGAAACUUAGUGUAAAGGAAGUGGCGUUGUUGGUGUUUGUAUUUAAUGAAUAUUUGUAAAUAUUUCUCUUCACCAGUUGUCAUGUCAUUCUCAAACUUGAUAUGAUCAUUUUAAGGCAGAGUGUUUAUAGUUAUAUAGGUUUUAACGAUGCACAAGUCAAUUUAUUGAAAUAACAGAGGUGAUUACGAUAAGUACGCAGGAGUCUAUCAUAAUAACUUAAAUGUUUAGAUAUCAUCAGUAGGUUUAUCCUAUUAUAUAAAGCAGGAGAAGGGAUUUGAAUUGAACAGAAUUAAGUUACUACUAAUUCUAAUUAUUUUUUAUGAUGUGAAAAUAUAUUGACACUUUGAAAUAUCAUUACGAUACAACUGAUUAUUGUGAUAAUUUUCCACAGAAAACUUAAAAAUACUAUUUCGAAUGCAGAGUUGAAUACGUUGAGAUGGUAUUUAUUAAUUUUUACGAACAUUAAGAUGACUUUAUCAAACAUUAAGCUGGAUGUUGAUCCAGUUUCAAAAGUCAAGAAGGACACAACAGCAUAAUAUAAUUGCUGAGGAUUAAUAUAGAUUACAUGGUCCCAAAGAUGUACUGAUUUGACUAUUACUUUAAGUAAAUUCUGUUAAAAGUUAAAAUAUACUUAUACGUCGACCUACCAUUACACCUUGCAAUUACUCAUGUUUAUGAAACUAAUAACUGUCUAUCCAAUUAAUUCAGUGAUUCUGUAAUUCAUAGGAAACACUUUCUUGAAAUAUUCAAUACGACUAUGUUAGGUACAUAUUUUAUGUUUGAUUUGAUUAUUUUAAACCAAUGUUGUGUUAGAAUCAAGACGUAUGACAUUGGUGAAGUACAGUUAGGUUCUUAGAUUUAUUGCAAUGUGUAUUGUUGUUGUGAAUUUUUAAGGACAACACAUGAGUAUGUGAGUAAAGUAUCUUACAUGCAAAACAUUAAAACUUUUGGGUUUGGUAUGAACUCUUGUUCCAUAUUACUAUAGUUUAUUUUUUUACAAAAUUAUUUACAUUCAUCUACUCUAUGCUCUUUGUGUUUAAGCUAACUACAGCGUACAUAAAUAAAUAAUUCUAUCUAUUAAAGUAUCUUCACGUUGAUAAUAAUUUGAAAUUGAACAGCCUUGACACCUUUAAUCAAUUAUAUGUGAACAUCUACUUACCUAGGUAUGCCAGAACGUAUCAAAAGUAGCCAUUUUCAAUAGUCAUAGUCAUUGGAAAAUGACUACGUUUGACACCUUCUGGAAUACCUAGGUAAGUAGAUUUUUACAUAUAAUUUGACAAUAAAUGAAGAAUUAUAGAAACACACCAAUAAUAUUAAAAUUUGACGCAAGACAUUAUUUUUACUGUGGUUGAUUAUUUAAAAGACUCUUGUUCAACAAGUUUACAUAAGUUCGAUAUUAAUUUGUACACAUUUUUUCAAUGUUCCUGUGGUUAUUAUAGUUUUAAUUUUUUAAAUAUCAAAUGAAUCCUACAAAAACAUCUCUGCAGAAGAACUAAUUGUUAGAAUUUCAUGCUAAUCACAUUUCCAAAAUACAAUUAAAACUGUAUGUCAAUUUUACACUCUGCCUUAAAAUCUUCUAAUAGAUUUAUAUGAGUCUGUUGUACAUAGUGUAAUGUUGGAGUAAAACAUUUGCAAACAUUUUUAUUCCAACCGAGAAGUUAAGCACAACUUUAGGUCCUAAAUUAAUUAAGUAUAAGGUAAGAUAACAAAUGACAAUAACUUUGUGAUAAGCUCACAAAACCACACAACUCUGACAAUAACGUAUGACUGUUUGUUGAUAUAUUAUAUUUUUAAUAGAUACAACUGUUGAUCAUUGUUAGAGAUUUAAAUUGUUUUAUUUGAAUAAUAAAUCAUAGUACCGUAUUCUUUUUUUACUUGUGCUGUUAAACGACAUCUUCUCAGAAUAACAUUCAUCUAGUAAAUUUCUUCAGAUUUCUUUGUCAAAUCUGGUGCUUAUUGAAUGUAAUGUUAAUCUAUUAAAAAUUAGAACUACAUAUUGACUCAGUUGUAUGCAUUUGGAUUGAGUGCAAAAAUUGCGUCAGUAUUUGAAUCCUAUCAAUCAUUUUAUAUAGGUAAUUGGUCUAAAAACUCAUAAAUGUCUACAAAUAGGAUCUUGCUCAAACUAUAAACAAACCAUCCCAGUAGAAUAGAAUUGUGAGACGAGGUAAUUUAACAAGCAAGCAAGCAAACAAACAACUUUAAAAAAAGCUCAAGUUUCAAAUCCCUCUGAUUUAGGUUUUUAUUGGCAGUUCCAUGAAUAUUCAAUUUUAAAAACGACAACCAUUUAAUAAGUUUUUGAGUUAGUCAAAAACAUUAAAUGUUGACUAUUUCAAGUCACAUACUUAGCUUUUCUUAGGUUUAAAUGUCAAACUGUUUUCGUAUCCAUAAAAAGUAUAACAAAUUUGGAAUAAUUUCAUUUUGUGUGUUUUAUUGACAUUGGCUCUCUUAGUCGAAACCUAGCAGAAAAAUGUUUGUUAACUCCCAUUUGAUUACUAAUAAUGCAACAUUUUAGUAAAUCAUUCAUCCUGGAAUUACAAAAUGUAACAAUAAAUAAUGAUAAAAGUUAGUUUACCAAUGAAGAACAAGCGAGUCAAUGUAAUUUAUAACACAAUAUGUGCUCUCCCUUACCAUAUUUUAUAAAAUUAUAUAUGUAACGUUUUUGUCUUAGGUUUUGCCAGUAGUAUAAAAUCAGCUAGUACAUGUAAAUAAUUCAUUACAAUAUUGAAUAAUAAUGCAUAUCUCCUAUUAUCAAAUACGCCAUCAUGGAAUCUUAUCAAAAUGUUUACAAAAUAUUCAAUUUUAUUAAUUUUUACUAAUGACCCGUGUGACAGUGUAAACAACUAUUUGACAACAAAUUCAAACAAAGAAAUAAAUUAAUUAUAUUGGGACUUUACGGUUUUCUAGAAAACUAAUAAAAAAAAUAACUAUUCUCAUAAUGUAACAGGAGAGUUUUGCAGAGUCGUAAAGAGAUUUUAGGUGUGGAAAUAAAACAGAAACCUUCCCUGAUGGUAUAGGUUAUAUAGACAAAUUUAUCAAAGUAUCAUCAGACCAGUGGAACAGUUUGCUAAAGCAUGAACCAGCCUAUACAGGGUGUCCAGUAAGUAAAGUGCAAAAUUUUAGGACGGAUCUAUACAACUGCAAUACCAUGAAUGAUAUUUACUCAGCAUGUACAGUAUUUUAAAGUUCAAGAGACCGGUCUCAGGAAAAAAUGUAGCGAGUCUCCAACUAAACAUUUUAAACCGUGGCCUUUAAGCUUUUAAAAUCAAAUCCUAUGAAAAGAUAUAGUUCAAUGGAAACUUUUUUUGCAAUGUGUCAAAUUUAAAGCACUUUAAAAUCCAAAUGUCUUAUAAAAUAACUUUUAAUAGAUUCACUUUAAUUGAAAAAUAAGUUGAUAAAUAAACUAGUUACAAUAUAGUCUACAAUAUUAAUAUCAAAUUUUAAAUGGAGGCAAUUUUCUAUGUUUACAGCAUUUGAAAUCUUAAAGGCACUUAAAUGAGAAAAUAGGAUGAUGAAAGGAGCUAUUUCCACUGAACAUAGCAUGGCAAUUUUAAAGUAUGAACUUCAAGUAUUCCUUAUGUAACCAGGAGCUGUUGCAAUUAAAGUACAUAAAAUAUCUGCUCAAUUAAAUUUAACAAAACUAUUUAUAGAUCCCAAGAUUUUUAAAUUUUGUAAGAUCAUAUUUUUCAAGCAAAAAAUAAAGACAGUGUGUGCUAAGAAUAUUUUUUACCUGGAAUGAUGUUUGGAUAUAAGUGUAUUUUUCAGUUAAGGAUUUGUAGAAGAGUACUCAAUUCAAUUUUUGCGCUGAAUCCAAAAUUAUUUUAACUUGUGUAGAUUGUAGUUGUACAUGAACAUUUAUUUAGUGUAAGGUAAUAGGUAAGGUACAAAGUAGUUAAAAUGAGAUUUCAUGAUGUUGGGACAGUAAAGCUUCUUAAAUUCUAUAUAUGAAGCAUAUCUUGGUAUACAUUGAGUUUAAAUUAUGUACUGUAAUAUCUACGCCCAACUUAAAUAUAAGUAAGAGAGGUGUCAGUAAUUGUUAUUAUCUAAAAACUUGUACAUGUACGAGACGAAUAGUGAGAAAUUGUGAUUGUAAUAAUAUAUAUUUAGUAGUAAAAGACAAACCAAUACCUAUUUACAAAUCAAUUUCAUAUCUUACACAACUUAGAUUUAUUAUGACAAUAAUACUUUGUAAGUUAAAUAUUAAAUUUGAAUAACAAUGUGAGGCCUAAAAUGUAUGACCUUGACAAAUUAGUGAGAAUUUUUUACAAUAUAAGAAUAUAUUUAUAGACUAAGAUCAUAUUAUACAUACACGAUUCAUUUCAAAUAAGUUGUAUAUCGUUUUAUAAAACUUUAUCAAAUCAGUAUAGUUUGGACAGUAAAUGGAUUAACUUUACAUUGUAAAUUUGUAAGUAUGUUUAUCUAUCUAUUCAAAGUCUGUCUUUAUCAACCUCAUAGCACAUAAUCAUACAUUUAGGAUAUGUUUCACAUUGAGACGUGAAACUUUCAUAGGUAAUAUCAACAAAGGUUAUGUGCAGUCAUACAGUUUUCUUUGAACUUAUGAUUGCGGGGACGAGCUCCAAGUAACAUGAGUUGAGUGCCUUCUGAGAUGUUUUCAGUUGCUCCAAGAUCAGAUCGCUUGUUUAGGUGUAUCUGUCAGUAUAUAAGAUAAUAAUGUGUCAUGACUCAAGAGCCUGACUUCAUUUGGUCCGAAAAACUGUUAUGCUUGUUAACCCUGUGAAUAAUUGUUACUGGGAGUAAAAAUCCUCCAUUUUCUUAACAUGGUCUAACGUCUUUGACCAAUCUACUGAUUAGGUUGAUAUUUGCUGGUUUUUUGGUCGAUUCCAACAAUUGUGUUUGGUUUUUUAAAAGGAAUAAGAAUCAGACACACGUUAGACGGAUGUAGGUAAGGGUUUGCGAUUCGGAUGUUUUCAGCUCACUGGACCAAAUGAAGAUCAAAUUCUAUCUUUGGCUUUUAUGUCAUUGAUGUAACGAUUGGUGAGAUUAAAUGACAAUAAUUUUAAAGUAGGACUAGUUUUAAGGUACGCACUUAUAUUUUUAGGUGUGAUUUAGUAUGAAUUUUGAAGCAUAUUAAUCACAUAAUGCUACUUUAUAUUUUUAAUAUUGCAAACUGUUUUAAGUCAAAAUGAAAAUUGUAUUAGAAAACUGCUUAUGUGUGUCAAAUUUAUCGGUAGUUUACCAGUCUGACCUCAUAUCGUUGUAAGCUCUAUCUUUGAUAGAGGUGCUAUUAUCAGCUUUCAUGUAUACUGUAGAAUCAGCACUUGUUUCUAUUCUUUGUUCAGAUAUUUUAUUUUGAUUGGGGAACAGACACAAGAAUAAAUUUUAUUUUUUACGA